UAAAGUUGAUUUUGUAAUUUAGAGUGCCCAGAUCAGAGAAUAAAACUAUUCAUUUCAUUGAUUGUUACUUUACCAGCAAGAGUUGUAGAGAAAUGGAUUUUAAGGUGAGAAGGUUGCAGCAGAUUUCUUUAUGCUGUUUGUCUGCUUCUGGUUGCAGCAAAUCAUUGUUUUCCUUCAGCAUUUUGUUUGCUUCCAUUCCCUAAAUUCCUAGCUGAUAUAUUGCUGGAAUCAUGUUAAGGAUAUUGCAGGGAUUUCUCUUCCCUUGUGAUAUUUCGAAGGGGCUUAAAGUUCACAGGACAUGAGGAAGCAAUGUUUCAUAGAAGAUCCUAGGUGAAACAGGGUGCUCCUACCAAUGCUCCUAAAGCAAAUUUUUAUCACAUGAUAAAAGGGCUUGGCCUCUGAACUCUUGAUCCUGUUAAUAUAGGAAGUGAAAGCUACCCUGUCUGCCAAGCCCUAAUCAAACUUCCCAUUUGAAGUCACCAGAUGGUCAAGGAUUCUAUGUCAAGAAACAAGCAUUGGCAUUGCAUCUGGGAUGCCUUUAUGGGCUUAACUUCCAGAAAUGCAAAAAAUUUACAAGUGGAAGCAGAUUCUUCUUAUCUUAUAAAGAAUUAUGACUGCAGAUCCAAAACUGUGAACAGAAAAACUUGGUGCCCCAGAGGACUCCAUAAGCUAAAAACUACAAUUUGAAUGCAUAAUUUUGUAGUGCAGCCUUUAUAUCUGUUUCUAUAUUUGUGAUGGCUCAAUAGCUGUGCCUUUGUAAUAGGUAGAAGCAGUAGCGCCCUAGUACACAACACUUCGUACAUGGCAUUGCUCAUGAGCUACCUUAGCGUUGUCUGGUUACUUAUGGCCGUUGAGGGUAUAUGCUGUCACAAUGUGGUUUUUUAUCCUUUCUGGCUCAGGGUUCACGCCACCUGUUGUGCAGCUUUCCUCCCUCCUAAUGGUUGGGAUUCGAUGUGUUUGUUUUCUUUUGUCUCCCUUGCUGUAUGAAGUGGUGGUAUUAUCGUGAUUGUUGAUCUCUAUCUGACAGCACACCAUUUACUAUCCCUCUGUUCUUCAACAAAUGAAUCCAUUCAAC